AGUUUUACGCGCAGAUGGUGAGAGCGCGGGCACAUCUUGCGCACAUUUGUUUUUAUUUAUUUACACCGAUUUACAAUGUAUGUACAUGUUUAUAGAGUCAUCUGGACAUACAUUAGAAACAGGCUAAUGUAUAUAUUGGUAUGUUAACAGCUAUAUCUUGUAUAGGCUAAUGGAAAAUCCAGGUAACUGCAAUUCUGCGCACAUUUUGCUCUUUUAACAGAUGUUAAAAUGAACUAAUUUCACCGAGGAAUGGAGUAAAGCGUUUUAAAAAUGGAAUCAGAUGAUCUAAUUGGUGUGAGGAAUCAGGUGAAUAUCUCGGCUGUUUUUACCAACAUCUCACCAACAAUAACAGGACCUGAGGAGCACGCGCCUUCAUACGAUAUACUAAUAACGUCCAUACUCGGCACAAUUUUGACCAUCAUGUGUUUAGUAGGAGUAAUUGGAAACGCUUACACCCUGAUCAUCAUGAACACCUCCGUGCGCGUGACUGGAUCCAUGUACGUCUACAUUGUGAACUUGGCUCUGGCGGACCUGCUGUACCUCUCCACCAUCCCUUUCGUGGUUUGGACGUAUUUUGCGAAGGACUGGUACUUUGGCGACAUCGGAUGCCGCGUUCUGUUCAGCCUGGAUCUGGUCACCAUGCACGCCAGCAUCUUCAUCCUGACCAUCAUGAGCACGGAGCGCUAUCUGGCUGUGAUGAACCCGCUGGACACCUUCGGCCGGUCCCGGCGCUACAGGCGCGCGGUCACCUGCCUCGUGUGGCUCUUCUCCUUCAUACUGGCUCUGCCGACCAUGAUCAUGAUUGACCUCAAGAGAGACGUGCACAAUGGAGUAGAGAAGCGCAUGUGCCAUCCGACCUGGCAGAUGACCGCGUACCGAGUGUAUCUGACCAUCCUGUUCAACACCUGCAUCUUGGCUCCUGGAUUAAUCAUCGGAUAUCUCUACCUGAAAUUAGCCCGGACCUACUGGCUGUCGCAAACCUCUAUAUUCCCAUCCAGAGAAAUGAAGAAGUGUCCUAAACAAAAGGUGUUAUAUAUGAUCUUCAGUAUAGUUCUGACUUACUGGGCAUGUUUCUUGCCCUUCUGGUCGUGGCAGCUGCUCAGUAUCUAUUAUUACGCUCACGGAGGGCUCUCGAGCAGCACGGUGGUGUACAUUAACCUCGUUGUUACUUGUUUGGCGUAUAGUAACAGUUGUAUCAACCCUUUUUUGUACACUUUAUUAACGAAGAAUUAUCAGGAAUAUGUGAGGGACAGACAGAAAAGCAGCACAGAGUUUAAGAAGAGGUUCAGACUGUCCUCUCAAAGGUCUGUGUCUUCUGGGGGUCAGCAGUGCGCACCGUGAUGGCGUUCUUCUGGAUGCUUACAGCACACUUGAUAUGAUAUUGUUGCUUAAACGUGGCUGCUUUGUGGAACUGAUAAUUGCAUUUAACACACUUAUUUCCUCAGUGUUGUAUAGGAAAGAUUCUGAAACAUACUUUUUUAUAUUUUGGUUAACCAGGACAGCUAAAAAAAAAAAAAAAAAAAAAAAAAACGGCAACGUUCUGGGAAAAUUAUUUUAUGGUUGUAAAAAAUAAAGCCCCAAGAAUAACUUAAUGAGAACAAAUACUAAUGUUAAUGUUCUGUGUUGGUUGGGGUGUUUCAUAAAAUCUGCAUUAGAGAUUUGCCAUGAUAAUUGUUGUCAUAAACAAAUAUGAAUGUUAAUAUUUUGCACUUUUUUGUUCAUGUUAUGCAUCUAAAGAGUUGUUCUACAUCGCUGACCAAAUAUGUGACCCUGGAGCACAAAACCAGUCAUAAAUAGCAGGGGUAUAUUUGGAGAAAUAUAGCCAAAAAUACAUUGUAUGGGUCAAAAUUAUCCAUUUUUAUUUUUAUUCCAAAACUCAUUAGGAUAUUAAGUAAAAAAUAAUGUUCCAUAAAAAUAUUUUGUAAAUUUACUAUUAUAAAUAUAUCAAAACUUUUUUUCUUUUAUCAGUAAUAUGCAUUGCUUAGAACUUCAUUUGGACAACUUUAAAGAUUUUUUUUUUUACACCCUCAGAUUCCCGAUUUUCAAAUAGUUGUAUCUCGGCCAAAUAUUGUCCGGUCCUAACAAACCAUACAUCAAUGGAAAGCUUAUUUAUUCAGCUGUCAGAUGAUUUAUGGGUCUUAAUUUCAAAGUUACAGUGCUGACGUGGUUCUGAAUCUAAGGACUAUAUUAAAUACGUGCAGGUUGUUUCAUUGUUUAUUAUGUGAGAAAUGUGUGCAAUCAUAAAUAAAGAGCUGGAUGUGCAAUAUAUAAGUAAAUAAUGUGUUUGAAUUGAUCUUUGAUUUCUUUUUAUUAAAAAUCACACAUGGCCUUCAAUAGUUUUUGUAUUAUAUUUAUAUUUGCUUUGUUAUAUAUAUAAGUUAUAUAACAAUAUGCUUUGUUAUAAAGUCUAGUUUACAAAUGAAAUAUGUUGUACUCAAGUGCUUUGUAUUGCACAAAGCUAUUCACAAAGCUAUUGUCAGUUGUGAUUUUUAAUUUGCAUGCAGAAGAAAGCAGAUGUGGCUGAAAUCAUGUAUGCAAUCAAAACCUGGAAAAGUGUCCCCAGUGACGAUGUCUCAAUUUCCUUUAAAGCACUGAUGCCUGGAAUAUUGUCAAUGCAUCACAUCCAUAUAUACUUUUAAUAUGGCGUUUUAUUUUAAUAAACUGUCAAGAAUAGUGCAAAAAGGGCAUUUGUUUUAGCUUGAUUUUAUUGUUUCUCCUUAUGUUUAUUCUUCUCCUUGUUUGUGAAAAUAAAACAUGGUCAAGAAUUGUUCAUUGUUAAGCAUCCCAUAGUGUCUUGGACACUCACUGGACUUUAGUAAGCUGUUCUUCCAAACUAUUUUUGAAUGAUCUAGAUGGUACAGUGUUACUAAAGCCAAACCCUUACUCUGUUUAGAUAUUGUUUCACAUGCACACGAUUAACUGGCUGUUCUAUUUUAUGUUGAAGAAUUGAAACCAUCUAUCUGGCUACAGUUAUCCUGGUCAAUGCGUUUUGGACUUCUUCUUGACUCGCCUUCAGUUUUGUAAUAAAUGUCAUGGCUCCUGUUCAGGGAAGCUGCGCUUUCUUGUAAACAAUUUAUAUGUCAUACCAAGCAAUA